AUGGACAAUCACAAUCAGAUCACUUUUACAUUAUACGAAUCACUUCUAACUGGUCAUAUGAAAUUCUUCGUCUUACUAUUUACUUCCUAUUUUAUAUUAGCAAUCGUUCCUGUCACUGUACAUAGUCAAUCAGUAACAUGCUCAUGCAAUCUCGAUGGAACUGGCAUGACGAUGGUUUGUACCAAUGUUGAGUCCCUUGUUGCGUAUCAACGAUGUGUACAUGAACAAUUAAGUAUUCAAUCAGAUUUAAAGUUACGUCGAGGUGGUGUUAUCACAAAUCUAACGAUUGUAAACCAUAAAUUACGUAGUUUAUCUGAUGGUUUACUUCAAUUCUCUUAUGGAAAUAACAAUGUUUAUCAAUUGAAUGAUUUACGAUAUUUGUAUAUAACACGAGGUGUUUUAAGACAAAUCGAUAAUGGAGCUUUAGCAUCGAUUGCACGUGCUAUUGAAUAUUUGGAUUUAUCAUCGAAUGAGUUACAAUACAUGCCACAUGAUGGCAAUGAUCAAUUUAAUAAUCUGAUAAAACUUGUUCUUUCAAACAACCAAAUUCAUCGUUUGGCGUUAUCAGAUGUUCGAGCGUAUCAACGUUUACAACAACUUGAUCUAUCAUUCAAUCGUUUACAAUAUGUCGAUAUGUCUAUUGUCGGUCAAUUGAAGAAUCUCAAACAAUUAUUUCUCAAUUCGAAUAUGUUACGAACAUUAACCAAUAACAUAACAUUUCCAAAUAAUUUCUACUUGAAAUUAAGUUCGAAUCCACUGGAAUGUGAUUGUCGUCUUCGAUGGUUGCGUAAUGCGUUGAAUCGUGUAGAAUAUCCGAUUUAUCACGAUGAUCCACAAUGUGAAAUGCCAAAAGCUUUAGCCGAUAAAAAAAUUGCUUCGUUAUUAGAAGCACAAUUUGUUUGUGGACCAUUGAUAUCGAAACCUGAUUUGACACUUUUAACGGCUUCAAUUGGCGAAAUGGCGACACUUCGAUGUGACGUUUAUUCAGAUCCUGCCCCAGAGAUCUGGUGGACAUUUCAGAAUAAAAUUAUCGGCAAAAUUAUAUCUGCUGUCAAUGAACCUGAUAUUCAUUCCGGAUCCUAUACAAUCCGUUAUUCAUGUUUAUCGUCCUAUUCGGAACCAUCGUCUUCGAACUGUUUGAAUAAGACAACAACACUAACCAUAUCAAAUAUUGAAUCUGAACACAAUGGAACGUAUAAUUGUGUUGCAGCAAUACGUAAUCAAGGACGUUCAGAUAACGAAUAUCUCUCCUAUGAAUUACGCGUUCGUCGUUCAGCAGGUUUCACGGAGGGUUCGUUUUUAAUUUGGACAAUCGGAAUAUUUCUAUUAUUAUUUAUCGUUAUACUUCUUUUACUUUGUGUUUGCUGGAUUAUACGUUGUCAUCGUGCAAAUCAACAGCAAGCACAACGGAAUAAAGCUUUGUUAUUCGAUGUUCAUCAACAAAAUGGUUCAUUGAUACCCAAUGGACACCAUUACGAAGACAAGAAUGAUGAACAGCAUAGUUUUGUUACAAAUGGUAGUUAUGAUCCAUAUGAUAUGAUUGAUUCCAGAUCGCAACUGGGUCCACCCAUGUACAGUGAAGUACGAAUGGUUGAUUCAACACCGUUGAGAAGCAUCGGUGGUGGAUCAAUGUCAUCCUCGAUACCAUUGCACGAUACAGCAACAUUAAUGCGUCGUCAUCAUGCACAUGAUCCAGUGUAUGACAGUUAUCGAUCGGAUCGACAACUCUAUGAACAAAUCUAUCGACCUUCACCGAUGGAACCAGUUAUUGUUGAUGAAUUCGAAGAUGAAAUGAUAUUUCCAACAGGUUAUGACGAAGAUUACGAAUAUCGUGAAGAUAUUAUGAAACCAAAUCAAGCUGUCGAUCCAAGACGGCAGCCUAAACAACAACCUACUAAUCAUGAUAGAUUAGGUAAAACAAUUGUGUUGCCACAUGCUCCAAUUCCACCACCAGCAUCUUCCAUGACAAAUGGUCAUCAUAAAUCUAAUCAAAAACUAACUAUUACACCUAAUCAUAAUCAUCUACCACAGCAAAUGGUCAAUUCGUCAAGUUUUGAUUCGAACUAUAAAUUCGAUAGAUCUGAGUCUCAAUAUGCAGGUCUAGUUGAAUCACAACUUUAG